UAUGGCCCCUACAACAAACUCCUCUAUACUCUAUUCCCUACGGACAGUGAUUUCAUCGUCUCGCCUAAGUACUUACUGGGCAACAAUGAGGGCAGUGCAGACAUCAUCGUUUCGUUCGAAAUCACCCUUCGUCAGCAUCCGGUGCUCAUUGUACAGGUCAAGCCUCCCCAACACUUGUUGCUCAAUUCGACGCGGGAGGCAGCCGACAGGCAGAUUCGCCUCCGUUUGAUCGAUUUUUCAGGGCGUGCGCUCCUUCCUGUCCUCUAUGGUAUCAGCGCGAUAGGGACCAAGCUCUGCUUCUUCGAGUUCGAAAAGGCGUCGAGGCGCAUGAUUCCCCGACGCAUUUCCGGCGAUCCCGAGUUCACAAUUGACGUUGCGCCACAGAAGCGGUGGGACAGUGAUGUCCUUGAAGCUGACGGAGAGCAGCGGCGGCGAGCAUUGGCGGCGAAGAUCACGGAGGCAUGCGAACGCCUUCAAGCUUGA